UCAACAGGCGGGAACGCGCGGCGCAACUUUCGCGCGCCAAUUGUAAACAAAUAUUAUUUUAUUUUAUUUUUUUAAAUACGCAGUGCAAUGAAUUUUCAAAGUAAAGCCAAUAAAUAUGUGUGUCCUAACGACAGGCAGCUUUCUCUACGUGCCAAGCUCCGAACGGGCUGGAGCGCCGCUCGAAGUGAGCCUCCCCUGACACCGAGUGAGCGUGAAGCCAUCGCCGCGGUGGUGAAGAGAGCUGAGAAGUUGGAUGAAGUGGAGGCGAAGCGAGUGGGGCGGCUUGUGGCCAGACUUGAAGGUAUGCGUCGGUCAGCGCAAGGCCCAGCGCCAAGGACCUGUCUCCUGUGUGGGGAGACUUCAAGACUGCUGUCCCCACUGCGGACCUGCGCCAUCUGCCGCCAUUCCGCCUGCCCCAAGUGUGUCAUUGAAACGCCAACUUACAGCCAAGCGAACGGCAGCAAAUCCCCGCUCUAUACCCGCGAACAGUACAUGUGCAACCUGUGUGCGGAGACACGGGAGAUGUGGAAGAAGUCUGGCGCAUGGUUCUUCAAAGCAUUGCCGAAGUACAUCCUACCUGACCGCCGCCCCACCGGCCGGUACAACGACGUGGAGCUCGCUAAGGCCUUGCAGGACGUUGGGACGAGCAGCAACGACGGUCGAACGGACUCGGAGCCAGGGUCGCCGCUGAGCGUCCACGCGCCAACAUUCUCACGACAACCCAGCAACGUCGAGAGGAAGUCGAUACCCUCGCCUCAUGACAACCCCUACGACUGGAGCGAGACAGACAUUCUAUCACACGGAGUCAGCGGCCUGAGCUUACACCGAACAGACAGCUUAAACCAGCGCCCUCUAGCGGCGCUGAAACGCACAGGCAGCAAGGGCAGCGCCUACAGUCUUAGAAGCAUACGAAAAGAACUCGCAAAACCCAACCAGAUAGAAAGACCUCCGACGAUUCCUGACGCAGGCUUCGGCACAUUGGAAAUUAAACUGGCUUAUGAUAAUGCCACGUCGUCCUUAGCUGUCACCGUGCUCAGAGCCAGAGGUCUCAUUGGAAUGGACAUGACAGGGUUGUCCGACCCGUUUUGUAGAUUAGAAGUAUUGCCGCGAGAAGGCACUUAUUCAAAUAGACUGCGUACGAAGACGGUGCACAAAACAAAGAACCCUGAAUUCAACGAGACUCUACAUUUCUUCGGCAUCACUGAGUCUGACCUCUCUGCGAAGACCCUGGAGAUUGUCCUCUUUGAUGAUGACAGAUACGGGUGCGAUGAAAUGGGCUCGGCCACGGUUUCCCUGCGAGAAUGUGCCAAGGCUCCUGCGCAGCUGCGUCUUGCAUUAUCAGGGUCUUCGAGCACGGAGCCUUCAGGACCCAGGGUCUUGCUAGCUCUGUGCUACAACACCAAGCGGCGAGCGCUCGUCGUGACCAUCUGCAGGGGCGCCGACCUGCCGCCGCAAGACAGCAACGGAUACUCCGACCCCUUUGUUAAGUUACAUUUAGACCCAGACCCUUAUCACAAGAAGCACAAGACAUCCAUCAAAUGGCGCAACCUGAACCCAGUAUGGAACGAAGAAUUCCUCUUCGAAACUCGUCCAACAGAACUAUCUAGGCAAAACCUAACCCUCACAGUAUGGGACAAGGAUUACGGAAAACCGAACGAUUUUCUAGGAAGUCUGGUACUAGGAGCUAGUAGUAAAGGGAGGAGGCUAAAACAUUGGAUGGAUUGCAUCAAGUUCCCUGACCACAGACAUGAGCAAUGGCAUUCGUUGACUGACACUCAGCAUCUAUAAAAAUAUAAGCAUAUCUUGAAACAGUUACCUGCAUUAUCAGGCUCAUAUAUCGCCUGCGAAGCGACAUAUGAACCAACGGCAUUGGCUGCGCGGUAAUUAAACCAAUUCUAUUGGUUUGAAUAUCGCUUAGCGCGAGAUUUGAGUGCAGAAUUAAGAAAAGUUGCCUAUUUUAUUGACAUUAUAAACAAAAAGCUUGUCCUUAUUCUUAUUUAUCUCCACCGCUGAUGUUAUAUCUAGUCAUUGUUAAUAAAGGUAUAAGGGCAGUAGGCAUUACAUAAUUGAAUUAUUAGCUUUGGACGAAUUCUCUUACGAACAACUUUCUUGAUGUAAGAAUUUACACGUACUUAAAACUACACCUAAAUUCUUUUUUUAAACCAAGUUUCGGUUCUCUGGAAUUAUAGUAGAUAUCUAUGGUAUUGAUUUUGAAUAAUCUUGACUGGUUUCUAUUUCUAGAUUAGCAUUUUCUAAUUUAUCUUUGACCCAGUCAUGUAGCCUUAGUGUAGCCUACUUUUUGGCCAAUAUUCAGUGUCAUAAAUAAGGCUACCCAUGGACACAUAACUACUUACUGAUGUGACAAUGUAUUGUGGUGCUUGAUAGAUGAAAAUUAUUAUUUUAAAAUUAUUUUCCAAAAGAAAUUCUAAUUCUAGUUAUCUUCACAAGAAAAUAUAAUUGACGUUACAGCUGGUAUUCAUCUGGUAUUGCUUAAUUAUGCGAUAAGUAUAAAUAAUAAUUUUGAUUAAGUACCCAUGUGACAUGUUAUAGCCAAUUUAUUGAGGGACUUUCCAAUCUACAUUCCCCAAACACACGAUAGAUGGCGUUGUUCACUUUACCUAUUUACUCAUUGCUGGGGUACCUACAUAAUUAUUCAAAAAUGUAAUGUGGCAGAAUCAUAUUAUAUAAAGCUAAUAGUUGCUUGAUAUUUGGAACACAUCAUAUAGGUAUAUAAUGAUGUUGCUACCUUAUAUUGCUUCUCUUUAUUUUGAUCAGAAUAAUAAUGGGUGGAAGUUGUAAUUGUACGUUGAUCUAAUAAAAGGGGUCAUCAUUUAUACUCAAAAACAAUAUAAAAACGAUAAAAGAUGCAUAAUAUAUGUCGUUUAUACAUGAAAUUAGAAGUUUAAACGAAGAAAAAACUUAAAACAACCCCAUCUAUCGUGUUUUUGGGGAACGCCGAUUGGAAAGGCCCUCAAAACAUGAUAAAUAGAUCAGUAAAUUAUAAUUAACGAAAAUGUACUACCUAGUCGUUAUCUAGGUUUCUAGACACAUUACGAAUGUUAUCAUAAAUCGGUGGUAUUUUUAUAUUUAAAUGUUUUGAAUGUGCCAAAAUUUAAAGUAUUAUAUAAAUUUAAAGUAAUUGUUAUAUUAGAAAUAUACUUA